CGGGAAGUCGAUGAGUGUCAUCAUCUAGACACCGGUGGCGUGGGUUUCUCUUCUCACUUGAACAUUUCUUUUAUUUUCCCCUUUUUAAAGAACAGAAAAGCACAUUCCCAACGCAUCUUUGCAAAAUGACGGAACGAAAAGGAACAGCCAAGUUGGACUACUUGAGAAGGAUUGAAUUAGAAAUCCAGGAAAAAUGGGAGAAGGAGAAAGUGUUUGAGAACGAUGCACCUUCAACCGUUGGAGAAACUUCAAACAGAAACAAGUACUUUGUCACUUUCCCGUAUCCAUACAUGAAUGGUCGAUUGCAUCUUGGCCAUACUUUCAGCCUGUCAAAGUGUGAGUUCGCUGUUGGCUACCAGUCUCUGAAGGGGAAAAAAUGCCUCUUCCCUUUUGGACUGCACUGCACAGGCAUGCCGAUCAAGGCUUGUGCUGACAAGCUUAAGAGAGAGAUGGAGCUGUAUGGAAACCCUCCCCAGUUUCCAGAUGAGGAUGAAGAGGAAAAGGAGAAACCCAAAGCCUCUGAUGAAAUCAUCAUCAAGGACAAAGCAAAGGGAAAGAAGAGUAAAGCAGUGGCCAAAGCUGGAUCCUCCACCUUCCAAUGGGACAUCAUGAGGUCUUUAGGUCUAAAUGACCAGGAAAUUGCUAAAUUUGCAAAUGCAGAACACUGGCUGGAGUACUUCCCUCCUUUGGCAAUCAAAGACCUCAAACAGAUGGGAGUCAAGGUGGAUUGGAGGCGUUCUUUCAUCACCACUGAUGUGAACCCAUUCUACGACUCUUUUGUCAGGUGGCAAUUUCUCACACUGAAAGAUAGGAAGAAAAUCAAGUUUGGCAAAAGGUAUACCAUCUACUCUCCUAAGGAUGGACAGCCAUGCAUGGACCAUGACAGGCAAACUGGGGAGGGAGUGGGACCUCAGGAGUACACACUCAUCAAGAUGAAGAUAGUUGAACCUUACACUGCAAAAUUUAAAUCCAAAGUGUUUUACAGCAGUGGCAUGAAAGGCAAAAAUAUCUUCCUGGUUGCUGCAACUCUGAGACCGGAAACCAUGUUUGGUCAGACCAACUGCUGGGUGAGGCCUGAUAUGAAGUAUGUCGCCUUUGAAACAGCCAGCGGAGACAUCUUCAUCUCCACCAGGAGGUCUGCCAGAAACAUGUCCUUCCAGGGCUUUACCAAGGAGAAUGGAGUGGUGCCUGUGAUCAUGGAAAUACUUGGACAGGAUAUCCUGGGUUGUGCCCUAAGUGCUCCUCUGACGUCCUACAAGAUAAUCUAUGCUUUGCCCAUGCUCACCAUCAAGGAGGACAAAGGUACUGGGGUUGUAACCAGUGUGCCAUCUGAUGCUCCUGAUGACAUUGCUGCUCUCAGGGACAUAAAAAAGAAACAGGCUCUAAGGGAAAAAUAUGGAAUUGAGGAUAAGAUGGUGUUGCCUUUUGAACCGGUUCCCAUCAUUGAAAUACCAGGCUACGGAAACCUUUCAGCCCCUCUGGUCUGUGAUGAAUUGAAGAUUCAGAGCCAGAAUGACAAAGAGAAACUGGCUGAAGCCAAAGAGAAGGUUUACCUGAAAGGAUUUUAUGAAGGGAUCAUGCUAGUUGAGGGCUACAAGGGGCAAAAGGUCCAAGAUGUGAAGAAGCCAAUCCAGAAGAUGAUGGUUGAGAAGGGUGAGGCUUUGAUUUACAUGGAGCCUGAGAAACAGGUCAUGUCUCGUUCAGCUGAUGAGUGUGUGGUGGCGCUUUGUGACCAGUGGUAUCUGGAUUACGGGGAUGCUGAGUGGAAACAGCAGGCCAAUGAGGCUCUGAAGUCACUGGAAACAUUUUGUGACGAGACGAGAAGAAACUUCGAGGCAACUUUAGCCUGGCUACAGGAACAUGCAUGCUCUCGUACCUAUGGGCUUGGAACACGGCUCCCUUGGGACGAGCAGUGGCUGAUCGAGUCUUUAUCAGACUCGACUAUCUAUAUGGCUUACUACACUGUAGCCCACCUCCUCCAGGGAGGUGUGCUGAACGGACAAGGAGACUCGCCACUGGGCAUCAGACCAGAGCAGAUGACCAGAGAGGUGUGGGACUUCAUCUUCUUUAAGUCAUCUCCUUUCCCCAAGACUGACAUACCCAGGGAACACCUACAGAGGCUGAGAAGGGAGUUUGAGUUCUGGUAUCCAGUGGAUGUCCGUGUGUCUGGAAAGGAUCUGGUGCCCAAUCAUUUGUCCUACUAUCUCUACAACCAUGUAGCCAUGUGGCCUAAAGACAGUGGGAAGUGGCCACAAGCUGUUCGAGCAAAUGGGCAUCUGCUUCUUAACUCCGAAAAGAUGUCCAAGUCAACCGGAAACUUCCUAACUCUCAGCCAAGCAAUCAGCAAGUUUUCAGCUGAUGGUAUGCGUCUGGCUCUAGCCGAUGCUGGGGACACGGUGGAAGACGCCAAUUUUGUAGAGACCAUGGCUGACGCUGGCAUUCUGCGCCUCUACACGUGGGUAGAGUGGGUGAAGGAGAUGAUCGCUAACCAGAACAACCUUAGGACGGGUCCCGCCGACACAUUCAACGAUCGUGUGUUUGCCAGUGAAAUGAAUGCUGGCAUCUUGAAGACAGAACAGCAUUAUGAGAAGAUGAUGUACAAGGAGGCCCUCAAGAGCGGCUUUUUUGAGUUCCAGGCGGCUAAAGAUAAGUAUCGUGAGCUGGCCAUCGAAGGCAUGCACAGAGACCUUGUCUUCCAGUUCAUAGAGAGACAAACACUGCUGCUGGCCCCCAUCUGUCCACACCUCUGCGAAUACACAUGGAGUCUACUGGGGAAGGCGGGUUCUCUGAUGAAGGCGUCAUGGCCCGUGGCUGGCCCAGUCGAUGAGGUUUUGAUUCGUUCCUCUCAGUACCUAAUGGAGACUGCUCAUGACCUCCGAUUGCGACUCAAGGCAUACAUGCUUCCUCCCAAAAACAAGAAAGGUGACUCGAAGCCCCCUGCCAAGCCGUCCCACUGCACUAUUUAUGUGGCAAAGAGCUACCCUCCAUGGCAGCACAGUGCCUUAUCUCUGCUCGGCAAGCACUACAAGAGCAACAAUGGGAUCCUUCCAGACAACAAAGUUAUAGCUAGCGAGCUGGGAGGCCUGCCUGAGCUGAAGAAGUAUAUGAAGAGAGUGAUGCCAUUUGUCGCCAUGAUCAAGGAAAACCUGGAGAAGAACGGGCCCAGGGUUUUGGAUCUAGAGCUGGAGUUUGAUGAGAGGGCAGUUCUCAUGGAGAACCUGGUCUACUUGACUAAUUCUCUGGAGUUGGAGCAAAUCGAUGUGUUGUUUGCAUCAGAGGCUGAUGACAAAGUGAAGGAGGACUGUUGCCCUGGGAAACCAUUCAGUAUCUUUAGAUCAGAGCCUGGAGUGUCCCUUACCUUGAUCAAUCCUCAACCGUCCAACGGCCUGUUUUCUACAAAGGUUGACAUCAGACAGGGGGACAGCAAAGACAGCAUCGUACGUCGGCUAGCCAAAGUCAACCGGCUAAUAAAAGAUCUUUCCAGAGUGAAGCUGAUGCGGUACGAGGACCCCGUUCUAGGCCCCCGCCGGGUGCCUGUCCUGGGACAGGAAGAAAAAGGGAAGCUGCCCAUCUCUAGCAAAUCUGUGUUCAACAUAAAUCUGGCUGAGAAGAAGGUCACUCUGGCUGACAACGGCCUUACUGUAGACAUUGGAGACACUCUGGUUUAUCUGAUCCAAUAAUGUUGAUAAGGCUGUGUCUCCAGACACAAAGGAGCCGGUUUAGCACCCUCUUUUUAAAAACUCUUAAUUCAUAACUGACCUGUUACAGUAAAAAGAGUCCAAAGACUCACAAAGAAAAUGUUCCCUUUGUUUUAAUUAGGGCACACCUUCAGCAAAUUGGAAUUCUGAGCUAAAUAAUACUGGGUUUAUAAAUGGUUUUGCAGUAUAAAACAUCCUUUCAAUUAGUCUUCUUCUAUGAGGUUCAGGUUGCCAUGUUUAUAAUAGACACAGUUCCUCCUGUCCGACGUUUUCAGUGUUUAAGCUUUUAAAUGGAUCUGAACUGAACAAACAUCUAUCACCUCCUCCGCCUACUGACAGGAUGGAGCAUCUGUGCUCCUAGUCAGACUGCUCCAGCUGUGCUCUGAAUGCCAGAUGUUAUCAUAUAAAUGGAAAUGUGUCUGGUGUUAUUUUCUACAUCAAAUGUGAGGCAUAUCAUGUCUCUUCAGCUUGUAGGACAGCUUUUAUGUUUUCCAGCUGUCAGUUGUGCUUGUCUGGAUUUUCCACAAAAAUAAAAUGAAU